AGCUUUCGUAGCGCACUUACGUUGCGAUGCGAUCACUUUGGGAUGACACUGCCGCCAUUGAUAGCGCACCAUGGCGUCCUAGUGUACCUCACUGCGGCGACGGAGCCGACGGCGACACGGAAAUCAUGGACAGCUUUCAACGCGAUAGCUCGUAAUGGGACCAAUGGAACGCUCGUCGUGUCUCUAGGCCCAGAUGCACCUACCUCGUUCAAGCAAGUGCUGGGAAUAGACCGCGAGUCUGGCAACACAUCAAUCCUCUCAUCCUUGUCCAUCCCCCACCUCGUCUUGACAACGUCCGCGAAUGUAUGCGCUGGGUUGGGCGGCGACGUGACCGUGGAGGUUGCGGAGCCGCAUGCUUUGCCUGCUCGUAUCCUGUCUUUCGUGGCUUCUUCGAAACGCAGCAUUCUCGUGGUGCACAUCGACGUGACUGAAUUCACCGAGGAUUUGAAUCAGUGCUUGGAGACUCUGUGCUCGAGUGAAACGUCUACGUGCUUUGUGGGGAUCAUGAAGGAAACGUCGCUGCGCCAGUGUUCAUCUCCUUCGCCAUUAUUUCCCGUGCCGAAGCAGAGUUGGCUCAAGCGCGACGGCGAAUAUGCGAUCAACCCGUCCGCCUUUUCGCCCUCGCUCGUGUACUCCUUCUACCUUUGCAAUCAGACACGGCGAGACACUGUCACGGCCUUUGACGAUGCCGCCAUCUUGGCUCAUGGAGGGUACGGCUGUACGCAAGCCCAUGUUGUCGUGCGCGAAUUGGCAUUUCGAUUGGGAUACGUGCCCAAGUAUGGCGCAUAAUUACUAGACUAGUGGUCCCUGCUGUGUGAGCUGUACAGUCCAUGAUAAAAGUUCGUGCUAUGCGCGUCGAGAGAGGACCUGUGUGGUUGAUUGGAAAUAUGAGAAGCUUUUCCACCGGCAACGCAUCGCCCAUGCGGUCGUGGUGGACUGAGCAAGUUGCAGUACUGCGGAGCAAGCAGGAAGACAGGGCACUCUUGACAGGUACGAAGUCCACGGUCGGAAAGGUUGUCGGACGCAAGGGGGCUGGCUUGGGCAAAUCACCCGCCAGAGACCAAAUGGCUACACCUCGAGAGAAGAACCUCAGCAGAUCACUUGCACCUUCGUGAAACAGCGGGGGACUUGGGGUGUGAAUGGAAUAGAACCUUGAGCUCUCAGCUCCCUGGGGCGCCACAAUCGCCAGACACGGCGCACUUCUUGGGAUUCAGUGGGGGGAUUCGUGGGGGAGGGUCGCACGGCGAUCAGCGAGGAUGCCGGGGGCUGGUAGUACGUAGCUUGACAACCACGUGUCGUUCGUGGCCGAGAACCUGUUCUGCCUUCUCGCUCGACAGGACGCCCAGUCGGAAGAUUCAGAGUAGUCGUAGUACCCGAGCAGCUGUUCCUAGUUGCCGAGACAUCUUGCAUUGUCGCGACUUCACGCAACACUUCCGUCAAUGUCAGUCACCAAAUCCACCGUUGUGGGUACUGGACGCUCCGCCGUGCGGUGGCGUGUUCUCGAAUCGCCUCGAAUUGAGACCACGACCUCCUUCCAUACACGUUGUCGCGUAUGCGCUUGACCUGGCGCCCCUUCGCGAGUUUUCCAUGGCCACCGCAUCAUGCCCA